AACAAACCAACCCUAUCUAAAUCUUAGACACCCAGCGGAAGUGGAGGUCGUCUCUUGUUCUCUGGACUUAGUUCUUGUAUACGCUCUUAUCAGCUUGUUGGCCAGUAUAUGUUCAAGUGAAAACUACGCAUCUGAAGGAUUAGAAUCCUCUGAAAUGGAUUCCAAGAAAGUGGUGCACAGUGGCGGAUGCCACUGCCGGAGGGUAAGAUGGAAGGUAGAAGCACCUGCCAGUGUUCUAGUUUGGAAAUGUGACUGUUCUAACUGCUUCAUGAGAGGCAACGCUCACUUUAUUGUCCCUGCUGAAAAAUUUGAGCUUUUAGGAGAUUCAAAAGAGUUCCUUACAACCUAUACCUUUGGCACUCAUACUGCAAAGCAUACUUUCUGCAAGAUUUGUGGCAUAACCUCGUUUUACAUUCCACGAUCAAAUCAAGAUGGGGUUGCAGUUUCAUUCAUGUGUGUGGACCCGGGAACGCUGACCCAUGUGGAGAUUAAGAAUUUUGAUGGAAAGAACUGGGAAAACUCUUAUAUUGAAUCAAACAUUGCUUCAUGUUCAAAAGUGCAGAAUGAAGAGAUUGUUUGAGCUGCACCCAGAAAGGUUUCAACUUGGACUCCAGACAGCGGUAUGAGAUUUAUGUUGUGUGAUAAAGGUGUAGAGAGUGGUGUCUGAUGAGAACAACAGAAGUUCACUAGAACCAAAACCAACCUUAGUUUUAUUUCUAUUUUCAAUUGUAUUAUCAAAUUCUUGGACUUCUAAGUUUUGUUUAGUAUUUAUUAUUUGCUAUUUGUGAAAAAAGUGUCUAAAUAUAUGCUUGUGCACUUAAAAGGAGGGUGAAUAGGUAAAAGCCGUUUGGAA